AUGGUGGUGGUGGCGGCGGCAACAAUGGACAUAAUCAUAAUGGAUGAGUUGCCUAGUAAAGUGUUGUGUAUAAGUUAUCCUCCAUUGGUCCAUUUGGAUAACGACAUGAUACACAAUGCUAUGAUUCUUCUUGGUGAGAUUAAUCGAAUCAGAACAUUUUAUGAUAAGAAUAUCUCACUGGUUGAGUUUAGAAGCAUGGAGGAAGCCCAGCGUGCUAAAGAGGGCUUGCAGGGAAAGCUUUACAAUGAUCCCAGAAUCACUAUCGACUAUUCAAGCAAUGAAAAUGAUAGUUCUUAUCCUCAUAAAAGGACAAGUGAUCGAGGUCCUGGUACAGUCAGUCAAGCAAACAACAGUGAUGCAAGAAUCUCUCCUGGAAAGCACUAUUCUGUCCAUGACUAUAUAUGGCGUGGCAUUAUCGCCAAGAAUGGAGCAUCUGUGUGUCGUGCUGUCUCUGUUCCUAUUGGGGAAAGUAUAAGAUGUGAGCUCCCUGAUGUAGUCAACUGCUCAGCCAGAACGGGGUUAGACAGGUUGACUAAACACUAUGCAGAUGCUGCUAUCGGGUUCAGCAUCAUUUUCUUCUUGCCUGAUACAGAUAACGAUUCUGCCUUAUACGAAGAGUUUUUGAGGUAUCUGAGUUCAAAAGAUCGUGCUGGGGUUGCGAAACUUUGUGACGGAACCCACAUGUUCUUGGUGCCACCUUCAGACUUCAUUAGGAAGGUUCUGAAAGUUGAUGGUCCCCCGUGUCUUUAUGGUGUGGUUUUAAAGUCUGCACCUAGUGGCACAUCCUUUCCACCAGAGUCCUAUCAACCUCGAUACGUGGAUUCACCAGAGUUAACAUCCUCUCAGAUUGUGCAAGCAAGGCCCUUGUUAACAUCUGACCUUAUUGCAAGUCUAAGUAAUUUUCAGCCAUCAGGCAGAGUGGAAGGAACUGCAGGAGCGUCUGCUGGUAUUCCUGCAUCGGAUAUUACUGUUGCGCCAGAGUCUUGGAGAUAUGUUGAUCGGUAGCUUUAGCUUGGAAGACAUCAAGAUGCUGGGAUAGCUCAUGGUACUGAUGUCUUAGGACAUUAUUGUUUGCCCAACCAGACUCAUGUUUCCCAGUCACAAGCUGGAAACAAGUUUCUUUUUCUCAAAGUUGUGAUUCAAUGUUUUCAUGCUUUAACUUCCUGUUGUCUCUCUUCUCUUUCUGU